CAACUGGCCACCAGCCUAUUUACAGGGAAGCCAACAAGACUUACCUAAGUUCGCUUUCAUAAUCGACGAUGGCGGAAUCCUCCUUCAAUAACCCCGCGGACCUUGGCAAAGCGACCAUAGACCGGUUCUGCUGCCAAUACCUUCAGCUGGAGAUGCACCUGGACUACCCCGAUGGGCUACUAUUGAAGACAUCAGAAGUCCAAGACGAGAUUUAUCAGCGCAUAUUUGCCGAUUUUUCGACCUCUUCCAGGAGUGCCAGAUUCCAACUACGAGUGUUGAAAGAGUUGGUCAGGAGAAUUCAAGACAGCAUAAGCGAGAAUGAGACAGACGAUUUUGAGGUUUCCGACAAACUGAUGGACCGCCUGGGUGAGCUCAUGUCGGAGCCACUGAUGUCUGAGGCGGAUGAGGCACAGCGCAAAUGCCUCGUCACUUACCGCAUGUCCCUAGUCCAACCACCCGAAAAGAUUGAUAUUCUAGAGAAUCGUUCUCUAUUAGCGGCCGGUGGUACCACCGGUCUCAGGACCUGGGAAGCUGCCCUUCACCUUGGCCAAUAUCUCUCCACCAAUAGCCAUCUCGUUGCCGGCAAACGCGUGCUUGAACUAGGCGCAGGCACAGGCUAUCUCUCGAUCCUGUGCGCAAAAUUAGGCGCAGAACACGUCACGUCCUCCGAUGGGUCAGAGGAGGUUGUUGAGAAGCUUGCCGACAACUUCUCGUUGAACAGCUUGGAGUGGGACUGUAAUGUCUCGAGCCGAGCGCGCCUCAGGCCGAAGCUCCUCAAAUGGGGCCAUGCAUUGAUUGGCACAGAAGAACCAGAGUGGAACGGUGGCCAGAAUAUCGAUCUCAUAAUCGGCGCUGAUGUUACCUACGACCGUAAAGUCAUUCCGUUCCUGGUGUCGACCUUGAACGAGCUCGUGGAGCUUGGCCCGGCGACUGAGAUACUUAUUUCUGCCACUCAGAGAAACGCUGACACAUUGCUGGUCUUUCGGGACAGCUGCGCCAGAGUUGGUCUCCAACUGAAGGAGGUGGAGUUCUCGGUGAAAGACCAGUACGACACACUUGAGCGCUAUGACCGACCAGACGUGACCUUGACACCAUUCUACUCAACCCAGGUGCCUAUUCGUAUUUUCCACAUCAGUGGAAGCGGAAAAUAGAGAAAGACGUACCAAACAAGCUUUCCUGUGGAGCGUCUGAAGAUAAGGCACCUCUGACAGGUCACUCCUGCAACGAGCUCAGACUUAUUCAACAAGAUCAAAGAUGGAUGUAAAGUACAGUCCUGUGUGCCUCUGGACACAUUUAUUCACAAUAACUCGGCAGACUAUCGCCGCCUCGCUGGAUCUUCAGGGGCGCUAUAAGUAUUGGGCGAUCUGAUCGAAGUCUUGAGAUGCUAGCAUCUUCUUCGAAAUAGCAAGACGAAGAAAAGGUAUGAGAAAGGCUUUUAUGUACAUCGGAACGCAAAUAUUUGAUACAACAGAUGGGCUGCUAUGCUGUGAGAGCACACUGGAAAUGUAAGGUCCCUCUUAGCCAA